CAUUUGAGCGAUCGUAUCUUGCCCCUUAUGCAUCAGCCAAUCAGGAAACACCUGAUAGCCUCCUUGGAUGUUUCCUAACAACAACGCGCUAAACUAAGCAAGACUGAAGACUUCUCAACUUUCAAGCAAUGAAAACCUCACAUUUCUAAACCAUGCAUCUAAUGUCUUCUGUCUACACGAACUUUAGCUACUCCUGUAACAGUCUGCGGAAUUGCAGCUAAUAUAAUUAAAAGGAAAGACGAGUUUUGCGGCUGUGUCUGAAACGUGCCAGAAAUGCCGAUAGCCACGGAACGCUUAGAACAUUUACAGCUUCUAAAGCUUCUGCAGUCUGUCCGAAAUGAGGAUCAAGACCAGAUUGAAAAGCUGACUUUAAAUGGGAUUCCACAACUUAUCAACUACUCAGAGCCAGAGAAUGGAGAGACAGGCCUUCACCUUGCAGCAUGUAAAAAUAACGAGAAAAUGAUAACGUUCCUGCUGAGUCUCGGGGCCAGUCCUAACAUGAUCGACCUAAAGAGCAGGACGCCUGCCAUGAGAGCCGCAGAAUUCGGACAUGUCCAGGCUCUGUUGUUGCUAGCACAAGCUGGAUCUGACAUGACUGUUUGUGAUAGUGAAGGCAAAGGAAUCUUAUUCUACUGUAUUCAACCUACCAAACGUCAUCUGGAAUGUUUACAAAUCGCCCUCAGACAUGGAGCUAAUGUCAAUAAUGUGAGCACGGAUGGCCAGCCCUUGCUGCUUUUGGCUGCCGAGGCCGGUCUGGAUGACAUGGUCAAGGGUGUCCUGGACGCUGGUGCUAACCCAGAUAGUCGACAUGAGAAAUCUGGUCAGUCAGCUCUGCACUUUGCAGCGUCAUCCGGCAGCGUUGGAUGUGUUCGCCAUAUUCUAGAAGCUGGUGCAGACUACAAUGUUGUUGACAACGAAAAUGUGCAUCCCGCUCAUAGGGCAGCUUACAAUGGACACUUUAAUGUGAUAAGGGUGCUAGCUGCCUAUGGAAGUGACCUCGGGAAAGUUGCCCUGGAUGGGAACACACCCAUGCAUCAUGCUGCGUCACAGGGGUUUGGACCUAUUUGUAAAUUUUUAGCCCAAAGAGGCUGCCCUGCUAGUUUGAAAAACAAGGAUGGUAAGACGCCAAGACUAUUAGCUAAAGACAAUGAGCACAAGGACGCUAUUAAGGAAUGUCGUAAGGCAGAGAAGACUUCUGCAAGGCUAACCAAAGGAGCUGUGAAAGGGAAUGAGCCAUACUCUGUUAGGUUAUAUGAUUGGCUACAGGAACACGAGGAUAAAGUCCUUGGCAUGUUCCACCAGUUUGAUCCAGAGGAUGAGGAGGGAAACCGCAAAGGAUAUAUCAAUAAGGACAACUUCAUCAUGUGCCUUCAAACCAUAAGCUGUCCUGUGGAGACUGAUGAUCUCAACAAGAUAGCUUCAGUUCACGACCCCAGCAAAGAGGACAAAGCGGACUAUACCUUGUUUCUUACUUGCAAAAAAAUAAUUAAUAAGCAAUUCAUGGUAACUGGAGGAAAGAAAAAGAAAAAGAAAGGUGGAAAAAAGGGAAAGAAAAAGAAGGGGAAAACGAAAGUGCCACUUCCAAUCUGCACUGCACCUGACGGGCCUAGAACACGCCAUGGGGGACCCCCAGGAGACUUUGUUGAAAGAUAUGUGCAUUUUACAGACAAUUCUCGAUUUGAUCGUGAUCACCCUCCUUCCCACCCUAUUCAGGACGACUCGGCUUGGUACCUUAACUUCCCAGACACCUCAUAUACUAACAUAAGUGACGCCGCCAAGCUAGGAGAUCUGGAGACACUGAAAGCUGCGUUUUUCAGAGGCACCCCUAUUGACCAGCGUGACAAGUACUACAAGACUCCUUUGAUGGCGGCGUGCGCACACGGCAACCUAGAUAUGGCCAGGUUCCUCAUAGACCUGGGAGCUGAUAUCAACUGUCGAGAUAACUUUAAGUGGACUCCUCUACACCACGCGUGUCAUUCAGGCCAGUUGGACCUAGUGACUAUGCUAUUAGACCGAGGGGCAGAGCUAGAUGCGCAGACCAUAAACGGGGGUACACCCAUUAUGAGGGCGGUGGAGAGCUCCCGCGAAGGCGUGGUUGAGUACCUCAUUGCGAAAGGGGCUAAGAUUCAGUUGACCAAUAAGAAGGGCCACACGGCGCUGGAUAUCGCCAAGGCAUACGCCGACCCGCGCGUCGUGGCGAUGGUGCAGAAAAGAUGGGACGAGAUACCGCCCCCUGUCGACAAGAAGAAACGUGGUGGAGCUGGUCGUAAGCGUGCGGCCAAAUCAGCCCCUGGUCAGACCAAGACACACAUGCCCAGUGUCAAGACCGCACCGGACCCACGAGAAGAGUUACCUCCCGCUUCUCAGUCAGGAACGACCGUGAUGCGUAAGUCCUCCGUCCUUCGCGCAGCCUCAGCUCUCGGCAUUAUAAACGAAAAGCCGCAGUCCAUAGUGUAUACGCCAAAACGCGCAUGGCUUCCGCAACCCACCACGGAGGAUCUUCUCAAGUCACGUGAGAUUCAGCGCAUACGCUUUGGCACUGAUGUCGAUUUCGUGGACUACAAGCCGCCUUUCCAGAAACACAUCACAAUCAAGGCAGAAGCGCUAGAGAAGGAAGACGAUUAACCCAAGGAGUACAUCCAAUUACGAUGUUCUGGUUUAGUUGCCUCGUAUCGCUUUCGGGCUAGAAAAUCCCGGGGCCGUUUUACGAGGCCCUUAAGCCCUAUCACGCAAAGAUUUUUUCCCUCUUUCUGUAUCGUUUCAACAUUGUUUUAAUGCACUAACAUCUUUCGCUUGAAAAUUUUGUAUUUUUAUCAGCCAUACACAAAUUUCACAUCUUAGAAGAGUAGAGUAUUAUAUUUUUAUUGUAAAUUUAGUUAGAUCGUAGAUUAUGUAUAUAUUUGUAAUCAGAUUUUGAUUUUAGAAAUAAUUAUAGUUCUGGCUUCUAACUCUGAAUGAGGGACUUCAAAUAAAGGACUCUAAUUGAGAGGAACACUAAAAGAAGGACUUCAAAUGAAGAACUCUAAAUGGGGGACUCCAAAUGAAGGACUUCAAAUAAAGGAAUCCAAAUGAAGGACUUCAAAUAAAGGACUCCAAAUGAAGGACUUCAAAUAAAGGACUCCAAAUGAAGGACUUCAAAUAAAGGACUCCAAAAGAAGGACUCCAAAUGGGGUACUCCAAAUAAAGAACUCCAAAUGAAAGACUUCAAAUAAAGGACUCCAAAUGGGGGACUCCAAAUGAAGGACUCCAAAUAAAGGACUCCAAAUGGGGGACUCCAAAUGAAGGACUUCAAAUAAAGGACUCCAAAUGAAGGACUCCAAAUAAAGGACUUCAAAUGGGGGACUCCAAAUGAAGGACUUCAAAUAAAGGACUCCAAAUGGGGGACUCCAAAUGAAGGACUUCAAAUAAAGGACUCCAAAUGGGGGACUCCAAAAGAAGGACUCCAAAUAAAGGACUCCAAAUGGGGGACUCCAAAAGAAGGACUCCAAAUAAAGGACUUCAAAUGGGGGACUCCAAAAGAAGGACUCCAAAUAAAGGACUCCAAAUGGGGGACUCCAAAAGAAGGACUCCAAAUAAAGGACUCCAAAUGGGGGACUCCAAAUGAAGGGCCCUAAUUGAGGGACUCUAAGUGAGGAGGUUUAAAUGAAGAGUUUUUCUUUUUGGUUCAUUGACCGUCAGGGGUAAGGUGAGGGGAAGAAUGGGGAUCUCUUGGUCUUAUCGACCCUUUUAUUUUUAAACUAUUAUUUAAAGAAGCAAUAAAUAUUAUCACACCGUU